UCUGGAAUUGUGUGAACAUCACGAGGUACAGAAAUGAACCAAUUGUAUUGCGAGUCGUGUUGUACUGCCCAAAGAUUGAAAACAACUGUAUCGUUUUAGAUCAUUUCUCACCUUGCUGUCAUAAAACAGCCAGAAACAUGGCCACAGCACAGUCGACAUUGAUGUUUGCAGUGUGCAUCUUGAUGAUAACAGAACUCAUACUGGCCAAAAAAGACUACUAUGACAUUCUUGGUGUCCCUAAAGAUGCAUCUGAACGUCAGAUAAAAAAAGCUUUUCACAAGCUUGCAAUGAAAUAUCACCCAGACAAAAACAAGAGCCCGGAUGCAGAAACAAAAUUCAGAGAGAUUGCAGAGGCAUAUGAAACCCUAUCCGAUGAGAAGAGGAGACAAGAGUAUGACCAGUUAGGAGAAAAUCCAUUUACUAAUGAAGAAAUGGGUGGAGGAGGAGGUGGGCAGCGUUUUCAUAAUUCCUUUGAUUUCAACUUCAACGACAUGUUCAGAGACUUUGAUAUCUACAGCCAAAAUAGGCACGCUCGUCCGAAACGUCAUUUUGACGAGCAUUUCAGAGCCCACCAGCAAUCACACAACCGCCAUAAGAGACACUUUCCGGGUAAUUUUGGUACCGGUGUCUACGAAGACAUGUUUGAAGAUAUGGAGAAGAUGUUUACAUUUGAUAGGCACGUUAAAAGGACGGAAAGCCGGUUUCAGGGAACAGCCAAACAACACUGCAGAACUGUAACCCAGAGAAGGGGAAAUAUGGUGACUACUUAUACUGACUGCACUUCAUCCUGAACCUCAUCAUGGACUACUACAACUCUGAGGAUCGUGCUACUUUUAUUUUUAUGUCUGAAUAAGAUUUAUUUGUUUGCUGCUGUGAAGAGUGAGGUUUGGUUUUACCUGUGAAUGAUUUAUUAGGACAAUGAUGGGUCAUUUGAAGUUUUGGACAUUUGUAAUUGACACUAUAUUGGAUAUUAGAGUCUGUUAAUCAAGGUUGUUUUCAUUCUCGCAGAUGCAUAUUUUUCAGAUUAACUGUAGAAAUUUCAAAACUGACAUUUUUUGUUUAUGAUAUAUUUGAUCUACAUUAAUCUUUAGAGGAAAUUAUGCCCCUAAUAAUAUAUCAGUACGCAUAUAUUAUUUAAAUCCCACUUCAUUGACAUAUACCAAGUUAUUAUGUACACAAAAUUAAUUGAUUUUAUCAUUUUUAGCCUGCUAGUGUUACUACUAAACCCCCCUGUUGAAUCCAAAAGAAUGACGCAUAGCAUCACUUUCUUUACCUAAUUUACUUAUCCAUUGUUGUAUUUUGCUGUGUUUGAACUUGGAGCUAAGCAAUCAAAAUAUGAAUUUUUGAGCUUCAUAUUUUUUCAAACAUCCUUACUUUCUUACUUACUUUUAUGUGAAGCUAAACAAAUGUUUGCUGUGUAACUUGCUGUGAAUAAUAUAGUUCAUUAUAUUUAAAUAGUUUCUUUCAAAUAAACACUUAUUAGAUAUAGAGGUGCCUUUCCCACUUCCAAUUGACAAUGUGAUAAAUUCAAUUGGAAUGUAACAAAUUGGAGCACUUUGUCGACCUUAUGUGUAUUAUAGUUUGUGUGGCUGAAAAUAGCUGAGCUUAGUUUUGUCAUCUAUUGUCCAGAUGGGAUUGUAAACAGCUUUGGUUUACAAAAAGACCAAAACAAGACUGACAGGUCAACGUGUAUAACUUCUAUACAAAUGUUUAUAACAAAGUUUAUUACAUACAAACAAUUUAUUUGUAUGUUACUCCCCAUGCAUAUGGACCACUUGAAUAUCUUUUUAUGUAAAUAAUAUGCAUAACCAAGCUCUGUUCCUGUAUAUUGUGUAUGUUGAAUGUUCUGUCUUUAAUAAUCUUGUGUGCAAUAUUUUAAGGCAGCUGUUUUGUUGUUAUAUUUGUUACCCGCUCUCAUAGUUGUAAUGGGUUUCAACAGACUCAUCAGGCACUUUCUUUAUUUUAAUCCUAUGGAUGAAAAUCUAAAAUAUACUAUUUGAGCCCAGAUGUAUAAUAUCAUGUAUUUGGGUGAACAAUAAAAAGUGUUCAAAAGUA